AAAAGAUCCGCAAUGUAGGUGCCAAUUAAAACGCCGCCGCCGCGCCGUGAAAGUACGCAAUUUUGAGGCUAAAGCUGUGCGUCGAUUUUUUCAUUCGCAAUUAUCGGGUGUUGAAUUUCUCCCUGACUCUGUAAGAAUUUAAUGAAAAAGAACAGUAAAACUAGUUGCUAAUUGAGUUCGAGACGGAAUUAACAAGAGGAUUGACCAGUUUUUUUUUUGUUGGCGACGUUGAAGUUGCGACUUAAAUAAGAUUCUAAGUAUGCGCUACCUGCGAAUUUAAGUAUGAAGCUUUCAACCGGUAAGGGACUGCCAACAGUUCAGUAUCUGGCUGCGUUUACAGGCACGUUGAAUGUAAUGUGCAGUGGAAUGCACUAUGGAUGGUCAUCGCCUUCGCUGCCGAAGCUUCUUCAGGACGACUCGCCGAUUCCGAUGACGAAUGAGCAGAGCUCGUGGGUGGUGGUAACGUUCCUGUUGGGCACGUUUCUUGGUGCCAAUCUCAGUGCCGUCAUUCUCGAUCGGUUUGGAAGAAAGGCGGCCAUACUCUUCACGUCGGUGCCGUACUUAACGUCAUGGACGCUAAUCGCAUUUGCACAUUCGGCCACCAUUCUCAUGGUGGCGAGGUUUAUCGCUGGUGUCGGUGAUGGCGUAGUUUACUGUGCGUCCCCAAUGUACUUGGGGGAGAUCUCCGAUCCGAGAAUUCGCGGGUGCUUGGGUGCAGGAAUAUCGGUGAUGAGCAUAGCGGGGAUGCUGCUGAUGAACAUCUUUGGUUCGUACUUGAGCGUACCAAUGGCCGCGAUGGUGGCGUCUUCCGUGCCCAUUCUUCUUCUGCUCACCUUCACCUGGAUGCCUGAAAGUCCGUACUACCUCAUUAUGCAGAAGAAGACCGAGCAGGCUAAGCGAAACUUGAUGAUCUUGAAGGGGGAGCGGGACGUGGACCAGGAGUUAAAUCGACUGGUGAAGGCUGUGGAGGAGCAAAACUUGGGAAAAACGACCUUUUGGGAUCUGUUCACCGUGAAGAGCAACCGAAAGGGCUUGCUGAUAGUGAUGGGCGCGCGGGCGGCCCAACAAUUUACGGGGAGCACCGCCAUCACCUUCUACGCGCAGACCAUCUUCGCCGAAGCGGGUGCUGCUAUCUCACCAAGCGCCGCCUCCAUCCUCUACUUCACCAUCCACAUGAUAGUCGUGGGAUUAUCCUCCGUAAUCGUAGACAAAGCAGGACGCCGACCCCUGAUGAUCAUCUCCGUCAUCGGCUCCGGCAUCGCUCUCCUAAUCGAAGGCUGCUUUUUCUACGUCCAAAACCAAACCACAAUCGACACCGCCAACUUCGCCUUUAUCCCGAUCGCCACUCUCGUCGUGUUCACCAUCACCUUCAGCAUCGGCAUGCAGCCAAUCCCCAUGCUGCUAGUCGGCGAGGUCUUCCCAACGAACGUCAAAGCCAUCGCUCUUACGGUCUGCUGCAAUUACUUCGUCGCCGUCACCACCGUCGUCUCAAAAUUCUUCCAGUACGCCAAGGACGCGUACGGCCUCCACGUGCCGUUCUUCGCGUUCACGAUCAGCUGCGGCCUCAGCUUCCUGUUCAUCGUGUUUUACAUACCGGAAACCAAGGGGAAAACGCUCGAGGAGAUCCAGGAGGAGCUGAAGGGUAAACCGCCGGUACCCGUCCUACCGGAGACCUACAGGCCGGUCAAUUACAUUUAAUUAAACAAUUCCAGCGUAAAGCGACGUAUUUCUGUGAUAAGUGCACUUAAUUUAUAAACGCGGUCGCCUUGUUGAUUGGCACCGAGGAAUUUUGUAAUGGCAUUAAUAAAAAUCGUUUUGGCUGAACCUU